GAGGAGGAGCGGGCCAUCUUCUCGGGCGACAACGUGCUCGGCGCGGGCUCGUCCUGGUUCGAGGACCUCGCGACCUACAUGCGCACGCUCAACGACAUGCUGCGGCUCGCGGAGGGCGAGAAGCUCGUCGCGCUCUACCCGGGCCACGGCCCGCCGAGCGCGGACCCGGCGGCGAAGAUCCGGGAGUACGUCGACCACCGCGGCGCGCGCGAGGGCCAGGUCCGCGCCGCGCUCGACGACGCCGGCCGCACGUCGCUGGAGAUCGUCCUCGCCAUCUACCCGAAGCUGCCGCCCUACCUGACCUUCGCCGCGCAGCACAACGUCCUCGCGCACCUCGCGAAGCUGCGCGCGGACGGCGUCGCCGAGAACCGGCGCUUCGACCUGUGGGCGCGCGUCGCGCCGUAG